UGCUGCUCGGGGCCAUCCCCCGGGCUGCCCUCCUUGGCCAGCAGGUCCAGGCGCUGGUUGAUCUUGGCGAUGAUGGAGUCGGGGUUGGAGCCGGGCUCGGCCGGGCCCGAGGACGAGCCCUGGCUGAAGGUGGAGCCCGAGGCAAAGGUGGAUCCUGAGCCCGAGCCAAAGGUGGAUCCCGAGCCAAAAGCGGAUCCCGAGCCAAAAGCAGUUCCUGAUCCUGAGGCAAAAGUGGAUCCUGAGGCAAAAGCGGGCCCUGAGCCUGAGCCAAAGGCAGUUCCUGAUCCUGAGCCAAAGGCGGUUCCUGAUCCUGAGCUGAAGGUGGAUCCAGCAGAUCCUGAUCCAAAGGCAGCCCCAGACCCCGACCCAAAUGUGGAUCCAGAUCCUGAUCCAAAGGCAGCUCCAGAUCCUGACCCAAAGGCGGCUCCAGAUCCUGAUCCAAAGGUGGAUCCUGCAGAUCCUGACCCAAAAGUGCCUCCUGAUCCUGAUCCGAAGGCAGUCCCAGAUCCUGAUCCGAAGGCGGCUCCAGAUCCCGACCCGAAGGCAGCUCCAGAUCCCGAUCCGAAGGUGGAUCCUGACCCGAAGGCGGCCCCAGCCCCCAGCCCCAGGGCGCUGCCCGAGCCCUCGGAGGAGCCCAGGCCCAGCUCAGCCUUGGGGGGGUCCCAGGAGGCGCCCCCGGCCGCCCCUCCCCCGUAGCUGUAGGAGGCUCCCGUGGGGGCCGAGCUCUGCGGGGUGUAGAACUCGUAGCCUUCAUAGCCUGCGGAGUAAUUAGUCAAUCAGUUAAUUGAUUCAUUAACCAGAGGGUCACUGA